CUCACCACCCCCACUCACUAAUAACCACCUUCUCUCUCUACAAAUUCUCUUACACACACAACCAGAACAUUUCAUUCCAAUUCUGUUCUUUGAAACCUGUGCAACACAGUGAUGAGAUAUCAAUGCCAUUCAGUAGAUAUCAGAUAAGAAACGAGUUCAGUUUGGGUGAUGCAACGCUGUUGAAAGCAGGUGGUAGAGAUGAUCCUGAAGCUUUGCUUAAAGGUGUUGCAAUGGCGGGUCUCGUUGGUGUUCUUCGUCAACUCGGUGAUCUAGCUGAGUUUGCAGCAGAGAUUUUUCAUGGGUUACAUGAACAAGUGAUGGUAACUGCUUCUAGGGGACAUGGUUUAUCGACACGUGUUCAACAGAUCGAGUCAGAUUUUCGUUCAUUUGAAAAGACAUAUCUUUCCCAAACACGCCCUUCAGCAUUCUUCACCCGUUCAGGUAUUCGGUGGCAUCCUAAUCUGCAAACAGAACAUAAUAUUAUCACCAAGGGAGAUAUACCUCGGUUUGUCAUGGAUUCUUAUGAAGAAUGUCGCGGCCCGCCUCAGUUAUUUCUGCUAGACAAGUUUGAUGUUGCUGGUGCUGGGGCAUGCUUAAAACGUUACACUGACCCAUCAAUAUAUAAAGUUGAAGCACCAUCAUAUGAAAUGACGAUGGCGGAAACUCAAAGGGGCAAAAAGAUUCGUAAGUCAAAGAAGAAGGGAUCACGAUGGAAAAAUGGACACACUCCUGAGGUUUUCCAGCCGUCACAUGUCAAACUGCAUCAAUUGCUCCUUGAGGAGCGCGUGCAAAAUGGCGCAAGUAAUCCUGCACGCCGUGCAAAAUUAAAGAAAAGGGAAACUAAAAUCCCAUUCGACACAGAAACUAGUAAAGGAUACGUGAUGACAUUAUUAAGUUCUCCACCAGAGGAUAAAUUUGUGCAUGAGGUUAAAACGGUAAAUUCACCCUUACGUUUGCCUACCGAUCGUUCUGAGGAACCAGUGGUUGUUGAAACAUUUGAGGUUAAAAUGGUAAAUUCACCCUUAGAUGAUAAUGAAGAAAAACACAUUUCUCUUCAUGGAGAACACAAAAAUGUUAUUGAACAUAAUAAACAAUCCGAUGAUGACGUGGCAAGUGAGACAGAAAAUUACAAGGAUGCCCUUGCCACCAUGGAAUCAGAAGUUGAAACAGAUGCUGAUUCUGUAACCACUUCACCCAAUAAUAUGUCUCCACGUGGCAACGACUUUCCUCGCCCGUUUGCAAGUACCGAAAUCCCAUUUCGCCCACGUGUCCAAAUCUCUGAUAAUUGCACAGAUUUGCUUGUGGAUCAAGAAACAAUCUUUAUAGAAAAUAAUUGUGUAGAUGUUAAAAGUCCAAUAAAAAAAGAAAAUGAAAUUGACUCGGAUGACGUUAUGGCCUCUUUUCUUGUUGAGGAUGAUAAUUCCAAUUCUACCCUUGUGAAUUCACAUGUGGAAGAGCAGCCUUUUGCUUCUUUUGGGGACAAACUUGACAUUUGUGAAGAUGAAAUGGAGGAGAUGCCGCCAUUGCCACCUCUGCCGCCUAUGGAAUGGAGGGUGGGAAAGCUUCAGAUGCCGCCAUUGCCGCCAGUUGUUCCCCGAGUUGAACCCCACCAGUCAUUGAAUCCGAAUGAGAUUGCUGCAAGCAAGAACUCUGAAUGUGAUCAUCAAGUGAAUGCAGUGGAACCUGAAGAACAAAUGGUCUCACAACCACCAUUUGAUAGUGUGGAAUCUCGAAAUGUUUCGACUUCUGGACCAGAUAUUACUAGGUUGUCAAGCACAUCUUCACUUCCUUCAGGUGAUGAUGAACUGCGAAACGAUAAACAGUCAAUGAAAGUUCAACGAGCUCGUACUCCGCCCAUAGAUGCAGUUGCUCCUUAUGGCAAAGUCAAGUUGAGGAAGGUCCCAGAACGAGCAACGCCUCUCUUCCCAAAGGAAGAGGAAAGGGACACUUUUCUCGAACAGAUCCGGGCCAAGUCCUCCAACUUGAAGCCAGCUGUCAAAAGCAGGCCCGUUGUUAUUCCGGGCCCCACGACGAACUUGAGGGUAGCUGCCAUUUUAGAAAAAGCAAAUGCAAUUCGUCAGGCAUUUGCUGGAAGUGAUGAUGAUGAAGAUGAUAAUGAUAGUUGGAGCGACUCAUGAGAACAUAUAAUUGAUGCUAUAUCACCAUAUCUUAUCUUGUAUACUUGUUUGUCCUUUUCAUGGAUGUUACUUGGGCUGUAUCAUUAGGUGCAAAUAUGUAAUUUAUCA